GACAGUGCUGACACUACAAGGCUCGGAGCUCCGGGCACUCAGACAUCAUGAGUUGGUCCUUGCACCCCAGGAAUUUAAUUCUCUACUUCCAUGCUCUUUUAUUUCUCUCUUCAACAUGUGUGGCAUAUGUUGCUACCAGAGACAACUGCUGCAUCUUAGACGAAAGAUUCGGUAGUUAUUGUCCAACUACCUGUGGCAUUGCAGAUUUCCUGUCUACUUAUCAAAUCAAAGUAGACAAGGAUCUACAGUCUUUGGAAGACAUCUUACAUCAAGUUGAAAACAAAACGUCAGAAGUCAAAGUGCUGAUAAAAGCAAUCCAACUCAGUUAUAAUCCUGAUGAAUCAUCAAAACCAAAUACGAUAGACUCUGCUACUCUGAAGUCCAGGAAAAUGUUAGAAGAAAUUAUGAAAUAUGAAGCAUUGAUUUUAACACAUGACCAAAGUAUUCGAUUUUUGCAGGAAAUAUAUAACACAAAUAAUCAAAAGAUUGCUAACCUGAAAGAGAAGGUAGCCCAGCUUGAAGCACAGUGCCAGGAACCUUGCAAAGACACGGUGCAAAUCCAUGAUACCACUGGGAGAGAUUGUCAAGACAUUGCCAAUAAGGGAGCUAAACAGAGCGGGCUUUACUUUAUCAAACCUCUGAAAGCUAACCAGCAAUUCUUAGUCUACUGUGAAAUUGAUGGGUCUGGAAAUGGAUGGACUGUGUUUCAGAAGAGACUUGAUGGCAGUGUGGAUUUCAAGAAAAACUGGAUUCAAUAUAAAGAAGGAUUUGGACAUCUGUCUCCUACUGGCACAACAGAAUUUUGGCUGGGAAAUGAGAAGAUUCAUUUGAUAAGCACACAGUCUGCCAUCCCAUAUGCAUUAAGAGUGGAACUGGAAGACUGGAAUGGCAGAACCAGUACUGCAGACUAUGCCAUGUUCAAGGUGGGACCUGAAGCUGACAAGUACCGCCUAACAUAUGCCUACUUCGCUGGUGGAGAUGCUGGAGAUGCCUUUGAUGGCUUUGAUUUUGGCGAUGAUCCUAGUGACAAGUUUUUUACAUCCCACAAUGGCAUGCAGUUCAGUACCUGGGACAAUGACAAUGAUAAGUUUGAAGGCAACUGUGCUGAACAGGAUGGAUCUGGUUGGUGGAUGAACAAGUGUCACGCUGGCCAUCUCAAUGGAGUUUAUUACCAAGGUGGCACUUACUCAAAAGCAUCUACUCCUAGUGGUUAUGAUAAUGGCAUUAUUUGGGCCACUUGGAAAACCCGGUGGUAUUCCAUGAAGAAAACCACUAUGAAGAUAAUCCCAUUCAACAGACUCACCAUUGGAGAAGGACAGCAACACCACCUGGGGGGAGCCAAAAAGGUCAGACCAGAGCACCCUGUGGAAACAGAAUAUGACUCUGAGGAUGAUUUGUAGAAAAUUACCUGCUAAUUUCUAUUGACCCACAAAGUUUCAGAAAUUCUCUGAAAGUUUCUUCCUAUUUUCUCUGACUAUAUUUAUUGAUUUCAAGUCUUCUAUUAAAGAUAUUUAGCCUUCAAUGGAAAUUCAAACUCAUUUAGGACUGUAUUUCCAAAUUACUGACAUCAGAAUUAUUUAAAAAUUGUUUAUUUGAGGAGACAAUAUUUCAACUUUGUUCCUAAAUAUAUAAUAAUAAAAUGAUUGACUUUAUUUGCAUUUUUAUGACCACUUGUCAUUUAUUUUGUCUUGGUAAAUUAUUUUUAUUAUAUCAAAUAUUUUAGUAUGUACUUAAUAAAAUAGGAGAACAUUUUAGAGUCUCAAAUUCCCAGGUAUUUUCCUUGUUUAUUACCCCUAAAUCAUUCCUAUUUAAUUCUUCUUUUUAAAUGGAGAAAAUUAUAUCUUUUUAAUAUGGUUUUUGUUUUGUUAUAUAUUCACAGGCUGGAGACGUUUAAAAGACCGUUUCAAAAGAGAUGUACUUUUUUAAAGGACUUUAUCUGAACAGAGAGAUAUAAUAUUUUUCCUAUUGGACAAUGGACUUGCAAAGCUUCACUUCAUUUUAAGAGCAAAAGACCCCAUGUUGAAAACUCCAUAACAGUUUUAUGCUGAUGAUAAUUUAUCUAC